CUGGAAUAAAAGGAGUUCUAGGACAAAUCAGCAAUAACACUAAAAGCACAUAUACAUCCAAGGCUCUCCCAAUCUACUCCUUGUUGCUGGCACUCAACGUGACACAAAUUGAUUUCUUCUCCCUCGACGUUGAAGGAUUUGAGUUGAAGGUUUUGCAGACGAUUCCCUGGGACAAGAUCAAGAUUCGUCUCCUGUGUGUAGAGUACAUACACGUGCCUGAGGGAAGGGCAGGUGUUAUUGAGUAUAUGAAUAAACAAGGAUACGCUACACUUCGUGACCACGAUUAUGAUAUCUGGUUCGGCUGGCCUGAUCUCUUGAAAGUUACUAUGAAAAAAGUCAGCUAGAAUUUCUUUGCUUUUUCCGAGACAUGGGGCGACUGCUUUAUUCUUGUCAGGUAAUACAGUGAAUUCGAGUUACUUUAGAGUUCAAUAAAAUAUAAUUUGCACUAAUUUCUACACUGAUAAUAUAAAUAGUUUAACGAUCGAUUUCCGCGAUCUUGGUGUAACUAUGUAAUUUACUUAUGCACAAGCAUUACCUGCUUAAUGUAUUCUACUCACUUUAUUAUUUAUUUGUUACUAUUUACUCUUUAUAGUACAGAGGCAUGAAUUAAAAUAUAUUUGUAAUACUAA